UAAGAUAACUUUUAUCUCUGGCACGUUUGAUAAGGAUAACUCUUGAGUAAUACAUACAUCAGAUAAUAUAUGGCAAAAUCAACUUUGUAAACGUAUAUAUCCAACUAUUCUUGUGUGUUUUUUUUUCUCAGUGACAUCAUAUAGGUCGGUACACUUUAACAGUCGACACGAACUGCAGCCAAGCAACUGAAGCAAUGACAUUGAAACCAAAAAUAUGGAAAACAAGCGAAGAUGGCACAAUAGAUUUUAUUUCCCUUACCACUGAAUAUCUUGAGGAAUCUCUAGAGAUAUUGAAAAACAGUUUUAUAGCUUCUGAAUAUGUGUCUGUAGCAAUUGGCCUACCUGGUAAUGAUGCAGCCAUUUUAGAAUUGAAAGAUCUAGCUUUGCGAAUCGUCUUCGAUGGAGUGUCCGUUAUCGCAGUAGAUCGAAAAACCAAUAAAGUGUGUGGUAUUGCCUUCAACAAAAUAGAGGUUGCAAAUGAUCCUAAGGAUGCCAAAUACUACGAGGAUUACUUCAAAAAAUGUAAAGAAUCAUCGGCCAAGGCUAUGCUGCAAUUCAUGGGAGAACUAGAAGCACGCUUUAACUUUUUUGAAUACUGUAAAGUGGACUGUGUAUUAGAAAUUGUGUUUCUGGCAACCCACCAGGAAUUCAUACGAAAAGGCAUUGCCAGAGGUCUCUGUGAAGCAUCAAUAGAUUUAUCAAAGGAGCUAGCAAAGGGUAACAAUGUUAAGACAUCAGUUAAUGGAGAAGAAUUGAAGUUGGAGCCGAAGCCUGAAGUAGUUACCGCUAUAUUCACAUCACCAUAUUCUCAGAAAAUCGGUAGGGCUUUAACAUGGGAGAGGGCAUUUACCCUAAGCUAUGAAGAAUUCUCCCAUGAAGGUAAGACAUUUUCCAGCAUCCUGGGAGGGGAUCAAAAAUACAUGACGUGUGAGUUCAAGAGGAUCUGAACUGAUUUUUUUCAUUAUUGCAAAAUAUAUAAACGGUAUUGUAAUAACGAUCAUUCCUACAAACAUUUAACUGAAUAAAAGUUUCAAGAACU